AUGCCUUCCCAGCAAGCCAAGCAGCAUGCUAAGGAGCUAUUCCCAAAAGAGGAAGGAAGAAUGCAGUUCAAGAUGGGAAGCGUCCUGCUGUCUCUUCUUUUCUGGUACAAAGCUGCGUUGGCCCUCUCUCCGGGAGAGGAUGAGAGACUGGAGCUGUGGCACAGCAAGGCUUGCAAAUGCGAUUGCCAAGGAGGUCCUAACUCAGUGUGGUCCAGCAGGACUAACAGCUUAGAGUGCAUGCCAGAGUGCCCCUACCACAAGCCCCUGGGCUUCGAGUCCGGCACCGUCACCCCCGACCAGAUAAGCUGCUCCAACCCUGAGCAGUACACGGGCUGGUACUCCUCCUGGACAGCCAACAAGGCCCGCCUCAAUGGCCAAGGCUUCGGGUGCGCGUGGCUCUCCAAGUACCAGGACAACGGGCAGUGGCUGCAGAUCGACCUAAAGGAGGUGAAGGUGAUCUCGGGGAUCCUCACGCAAGGGCGCUGCGAUGCCGACGAGUGGAUGACCAAGUACAGUGUACAGUACCGCACUGAUGAAAACCUUAACUGGGUUUACUACAAGGAUCAGACCGGGAACAACCGGGUUUUCUAUGGCAACUCAGACCGUUCAUCUUCAGUGCAGAACCUGUUGCGGCCGCCCAUUGUAGCCCGCUACAUCCGCCUCAUCCCACUGGGCUGGCACGUGCGCAUCGCCAUCCGCAUGGAGCUCCUCGAGUGCCUGGGCAAGUGUGGCUGA